AUGUGGCCAGAGAAUUGGCGGUCUUCUACGGCAUUCGUGACAUUUACUGUUGCAUUUGCCAUGAUGACUGACACGAUAACAUAUGACAUGGUCAUUCCAUUUCUGCCAGAUCUCUUCGCAAAGCGCCUACAUGUGCCAGAAGACGAAAUUGUGGCAUGGCUAAGCCUGUCUCUCGAAGCCUAUGGCGCCGCCAUGCUCAUCACCAACUAUAUUGCUGGAUACAUCAUCGACACGAUAUCGUCUAAAAGUAGACCUUUUAUGGUGGGCGUCGCGGCUCUACUUGCGUCGACAUUACUCUUCUUUCUCAGCAAGACACCACUGCUUAUCAUCACAUCACGAGUCCUACAAGGCAGCUCCUGUGCACUAGUUUGGACUUCUGGUCUGGCAUUUCUCACAAGCAGUAUUGGAGAAGGCGAUGUAGGCUACUACACGGGCUAUGCGCUCAUGGGCGCAACAGUCGGCGAGCUCGUCGGCCCGCUGAUCGGUGGCUUCAUCUACAAAUAUCUGGGCCACUGGGCCGUCUUUACCGUGGUCGAGAUUCUUAUCUUCUUUGAUAUUAUUCUCCGGCUCUUUGCGCGCGACCCAAUUGCUGCGUCCCAGCCCAAGUCCUCGGAUACGGAACAGGGACCAGAUUCAAGUUCACGUAGCCACGUCGAGACGGACCCUCUACUCGAAGGAGACUUGCUAAAUACUCAGCAGUCUACAGAAGACGCAGGCUCGAAAGAUGGCGAUGUUGCAAGCGCAAUGCGUCGUAUACGCCUGCUCUUGGCGACGCAGUUGACGGCGGUCCUUGUUGCGACCAUGAUGCGCUGUGCCAUGGAAACGGCAAUCCCCCUCGUUGUCCACAGCUUCUUUGGGUGGUCCUCCGAUGCAGCAGGCGGCCUCAUGUUCGCGCUCCUACUUCCGACAACACUUUCACCAUGGGCAGGCCAUCUAGCAACCAGCUAUGGGCCGGGUUUUAUCAGUGUGUCGACCUGCAUCAUUUGCAGCAGCGUGGUAGCCUGCCUAGGCUACCUCACACAAGACACUCUAUACACCAAGGUGGCAUUUGCAGUCUUGCUAUCCGUGGUUGGCGUGUGCCUCACGAUGACCACGGCAGUGAACACAACCGGCAUCCUGAUUCUGGUUAAGAAGCUAGAAGAUGGAUCGAUGCAGUCAACUAGUCAUGUGAACGAUGAAAACAGCAAAACCAGUCCUCCUCGACCAUGGCCGACAGAGGGUAUGAUUAUGACAGGGCUCUCCACCUCUUGGGCCCUUGGCCUCAUCCUGGGUCCAGCUUGUGCCGGUCUGAUUGAAUUCAUAGAUGUGCGCGGCUGGGCUGGGUUGUGUUGGGCGCUCGCCGGUAUUAGUGUUGUUGCCUUUGUAUGCAGUAUAAUGACAUGGAAGAAGUGGUACCGGAACAAUAAGGAGUAA